AUGUUUAACGGUGGCAAUAGUUCCGACCCAACAAGAGAAACGUGGGUAAAUCCGGAAUUAAGAAGGCUUUCGGCUCGUAGAGGUCAAAGUCGUCGAAACAACACACAAAAUCCAGGUUCGUCAUCAGCAAUACUACCAGUACCAACGAUAUCUAUAAGUACAAACAGCACGAACGUGAUUACGACCACAACUAGCAGCUGUUAUACAGCAGCUCCAUUCAUGAUAAAUUCGACAAGCUUAAACGCCGUAGUUGGGUCGGGGGUCGUCCCACUUAGCUCGCCGGCAGGAAACAAUGGAAAUUUUGAAGACGCCGUAGUUGGGUCGGGAGGUUUCCCACUCAAUUUGCCGGCAGAAAACACAAGGAAUUUGGACAACACAGAUAGGUUGGGAGAGAACCCACCUAAUCAAACAACAGUGGAUGGACAAAAUGUGAACAACGCACUCGGUCGGGAGGAGGUACCACCAGAUAUGCGUAUCCUAUUUGAUCGUAUGAAUGAAAGUUCAAGGCAAGUCCAGCAAAUGACAAGAACACAGCGAUUGAUUAAUGAAGAAAACUCAGCGUCAAUAAAUGAAUUGGCCAGAAUGUUGAAUCAAAUGAUGACAGCCCAAGUUCAACAACAACAGCAGCCGCGAGUUGAAAACAAUAAUCAAUUCCAACAAGCUAGUCAAUCUGGACAGAAUAAUCAACAGACAUCAAUCGCUGAUCAAUUAAGUAGUCUUCAGGAACAAUUGCGUCAACUACAAUUAAACCAGCGACAGCAGUCAAAUAGUGAACAGGGCCAGAUUCCAUCAUAUCAAAAUUCACAUCAGAGUGUAAGUGUCGGGGAUAGGGAACCCACACCUACACAACAUCAACGGAAUCUCGGCAGGAAUGUUUCACCUUUUGUGGAAGACAGACGUUGGAAAGACAUCAUACAGGGUUUGAAAAUGGGCAAUAUUUUCUAUCCUCAAGAAAAUUUAACUGUUGACGAAUUUUUACACGCAGUUGAAGCUAGAGCAAAUCGAGAAGACUGGACAGAUAAAGAACUUCUGAGAGUCAUGAGCUAUAUACUUCAUGGUGCUUCGUCUCGUUGGUAUGACCUAAACUACAAUAGAUGGUCGGGGUAUUUACAAUUCAAAACCGAAUUCCGUAAGGCCUUUGGGAGUCCUGCAACUGAUCAUCGAAUUAUUAUGGACAUAAGCAAGAUGAGGAUGAACAAAGGAGAUAAUGUCACAGAGUUCGUUUUGAAAAUACAACAGAAAUACCAGUCUAAGAACAUUCCACCACCAGUAGAAGAUCAAGUAGCGUGUAUUAGAAAUCAUCUAACAGACGAGCUACGGACGUUGGUCUUUGCAAGACAAGUACACACCUAUGAAGGCUUAUUAAAUGCACUAAAUGAAGCCACAAGAUGCAUUGAAGAAGCUCAUCAGUUAUCAGUGCCUCAGAGAACAGUCAAGUUUCAAGACAAACCUCGAUUUGGCUUGCUGCAAUCGCCCACCAGAGAAACUGCCUAUGAAGAAGAUGAUCAAGAGUAUACACAGUGUAAUAUCAUGGAACCUAACUCUCAAUCCACUUACAAUAAAAAAUAUGGUGUCCAGAUGAAGACUAAUAAUAAUUAUAAUCGCAUACCGUAUCAAAAUAGACAACAAAUGGGAUUCCGGCCACGUGUCAACCAGUUUCCGAGAUCACCAGGUUUCAAUCAAGCUCCAAUAUUUGUGCCAAGAAGCAAUAAGCCGUGUUUUAACUGCGGUAUAAUGGGACACAACUUUGAAGUAUGUGUAAAUCCAAGACAAGAAGUAUGUAAUCUAUGCUUUGGAAUUGGACAUACACGAGAUAACUGUGAACUAAUUAAAUUCACUGAAGACAAUCAAGCUAAUGGUGCAAACAAGGAGAGUCCUAGAGCACAAGCGGACAGUGAAGAUAGUGACGAUGAAGAGAGUGAACCAUCUUGGGAGGAGGAAAUUGAGCCUGGGUUGGAACCAGAAGAUACUGAGAUAGAAUUGGGGGAACCGCGUUCUCUGGAGCUCGGCGAGGGGGAGAGCCAGCUUUCAGGAGCGCCGGUGGAUCCCAGUCACGCAUCAUCAUCAAGGAAAGCUUUCCUUCCUGGAAUACUUCGAAGAUAUCCUCUGUCUACAGCUAUCAAAACCCGAUUGGCAGGAAGGAAGAUCUUUGUUCCUGGUACAGUUCCUCGACCACCAAUAGUGACAGCUAGAAUACCAGUUUCAUUAUGGAUCUUUGGCAUCAAAUUAAAUGGGAUCCUAGACACUGGAAGUGAACGUUCAUACAUCAAUGCAAAAGUGUAUGAAGACAUUCGGGAAUAUGCUUCUGGAGAUCUUCAACCAGAUGAAACCAAGAAACGUGGUAUUUUACUAGCCAAUCAUACUAUCUGUAAGAGCUUAGGCGGAGCUCCAUUCAUCAUACAAAUUGGUUCUGUGGCCGGUGAACAAUAUCUAAGUGUUUUGGAAGACCUAGGGUACUCAGUGGUUCUCAGUAUGGAUUUUGUGUUACAAUUUGGAAAACCGGGGGCAACACCAGUAAGAAUUAAACCGUACAGAAGAAGUCCAGUAAUUAAUGAAGAACUGAAUCGUCAAAUUGAUGAACUCCUGGAGAAAAAAUUCAUUCGACCUAGUUACAGUGUCUGGUCUUGUUCACCAGUGAUGGUAUCAAAACCAAAUAAUAAAUGGCGAUUUUGCGUAGAUUAUCGGCCAAUCAACAAGUGGACUAUACCGCCAGCUCAUCCGUUACCUAACAUGCUCAGAAUUCCAAGUGCCUUACACGGGGCAAUAUCGAUCAGUACAAUGGAUUUAAAGGAAGCAUUUCACCAAAUUCGUAUGUCUCCUGCGUCGAUUCCUCUCACCGCUUUUUCUGUGGAAGGACGAGGGCAGUACCAGUGGCUGCGAAUGCCCUAUGGUCUAGUUAGGGCUCCCAGUACAUUCCAGAAAGCUAUGGAUGAGCUAAAGGAUAGAUUACACAAGAAACUUGUCGAUGAAAAUUUACCAAUGAGUCUGCUGAUUAAUCCGGCGAAAUGUAAAUUCUGUCGCCCGGAAGUAAAAUUUUUGGGAUUCAUUGUCAACCAAACAGGCCUACAUCCUGAUCCAGAAAAGAUAGCACCAAUUGCAAAUUAUCCACGUCCAACGAACCGGAAACAACUUCGGAGUUUCCUCGGCUUAGUAAAUUGGUAUCAUCGUCAUCUCCAAGAUGUAGCUAAAGCUCAGGGCCCGUUAAAUAAAUUAACCGGGGUGAAUACUGAGUGGAAAUGGGAGCAGCAAGAAGAAGAGUCGCUUCAAAAAUUAAAGCACGCUUUAAUUGAUGCACAACCACUUGCUAUACCUAAAGUGGGACUCCCAUACUAUCUAUAUACUGAUGCUUGCGAUACUGGAAUAGGGGCAUUUCUGGUUCAGCGAGAUUUCGAGACUGGGAAAGAGUAUCUCAUCAUUUGUCUGAGUCGUCAACUUCGAGGCGCUGAAACCCGUUAUACAACAACAGAAAAGGAGUGCUUAGCCGUGGUAUGGGCUGUUAGAAAAUUACGAUGCUAUUUAGAAGGUGCUCCAUUUACAGUGGUGACAGACCAUGCGUCUUUAAAAUGGCUUCAUUCACUUCGUGAUCCAAAUGGUAGAUUAGCACGCUGGGCAAUAGAAAUACUAUCUCAUCAGAUUACCAUAGAACAUCGCCGUGGUACUGAAAAUGAGGGUCCAGACGCUAUAUCCAGAAUGGGUGACUUCACGUGA